AUGUCAUUUAGCUUGGGAAAGUCGACUCAGGAUUGCGAUUGGCGCAGCAAAAGUGUUCUCAAGGAAACUGGUUAUCAAGCCCCAGAAAUUACAGACCCUAAAAACUCCAACCAACUGUCUGAUAUCUACAGUUAUGGAGUAUUUCUCCUUGAACUCAUAACUGGAAAAUCCCCCGCCCUUGACAAAUGGGGUGAUGAUGAUGAGGCUGGUGAUUUAGUUCAAUGGGUUAUUUAUGCUAUCCGAAGCAGUGGCACUAGCAUAUCUGUAAUGGAUACUGAUUCGCGGGCGUCAGAACCCUCACAAGUCAACUCUCUGAAGGCGGUGUUGAAGAUAGCACUAAACUGUGUUCUGGAAACUCCAGAUCAGAGGCCAACACUGAUUUAUGUGGUGAAAUUGCUCAAGGGUAUUCUUAUAGACUACAUGAAGCAAAAGGCUGAUAAUAUAUGGGAGUUUUCAUAUCAGAAAAGAGGCCCGGUCAUUGGUGUUAGUGAAGAAUCGAAGCAGAUUACAAAAGGAGUAAGUGGUAAUAAUAGCAAUACAUUUAGAUUAGGAGAUCUGGGUAGACGGCAAAAAUCUGAGUUUUCCUGUGAUCAGUUUCCUCCAUUAUUAUCAACACAUAGCAUUGUAUUUCCUGAUACUACUACUAAAGUUUCCGUUGAACUGGAAAUUCCAAAGAUAAAUCUGCCCUUCCAGGAUGAUACUAGUGUUGCAGAUUAUCGAGCACCAAAUGGCUGUGGAAAGACAACUUUGGCAAACUAUACUAUAUCUGAUUUACUGAGUGUUGAUGCUGAUGCUGGUUUAAUCGGGGAAGGAAAUUUUGGGUCUGUGAGCAAGGUUUUGGUUGGAACAACUAGUAGUGCUGCAGUCAAGAGGUUGAAGCCAGUUGACAUGGGAAUCAGGGAGUUCGAGAAGCACAUGGAAUUUGUUGGGAGCAUUAGACACGAAAAUGUAGUUGAUCUUCGGGCAUAUUACUAUUCUGACACAGAGAAGUUUCUCGUGUAUGAUUACUACGCUGAGGGUAGCGUUGCUAAGAUGAUGCAAGGAAAACCAGGAGCAAAACCCAUAUGGGGAAGUCCUAAAUGUCAUUUAGCUUGGGACACACGACUAAGGAUUGCGAUUGGCGCAGCGAAGGGCAUUGCUCAUUUACACACACUAAACAACGGAACUUUCUCCCAUGAAAUAACCGACCCCAAAAAGUCUGACCAGCUAUCCGAUAUCUAUAGCUAUGGAGUUCUUCUCCUUGAACUCAUAACUGGAAAAUCCCCUGCCCUUGACAAAUUGGGUGAUAAUGCUAAGGCUGUUGGUUUGGUUCAAUGGGUUAUUUCUGAGAUUCAUAGCAAAGGGUCCAGUAUAUAUGUAAUGGACCACGAUUCACGGUCGUUAGAACCUUCACAAAUCAACUCAAUGAGGGCAGUGUUGGAUGUAGCAAUGAAAUGUGUAUUGGCAACUCCAGAAAAGAGGCACACACUGACUUGUGUGGUGAAAUUACUUGGGGAUAUUUUGACAGACUACAUGAAAGAAAAGGCUGAACAUAAAAUAAAUGUUUAA